AUGAGUCCUCUAAUCACCUAUUAUCAAAAGGAAUAUGUGGCUAUGAUGUCAAUUCCGAUUGAUAUAAAUGACGUGAUUAGCAACAUUAAAAUAUUUGCGUUACUUUCUGAUCCGGGAAAACAUAGUGGUAUUUCCGCGUUUACGAAGUAUUAUUAUGAGCUGGUACAAAUAUUAAAGGAUCAUAUCAACUUCAGAAUUGAAUUUCGUGUUGCUCGUGGCUGGGCAGGCAGGUUGGCUAACACAAGCUACAGGCUUGGUUUCUUGGGUAUUAUGGCUCGGAAUGAAGCUGAUGUUGGAGCUUCCGGCACAUUUAAUCGAAUUAACCGUUUCUCAGAUUUUGAUAUAAUACAUCAAGGUUGGAAAUUUGAAACUGCAUUUAUAUACCGUGCGUAUGCACCGGAACUAUGUUUCCAAAUAAAAGGAGGCAAUUUUUUGAUUCCGUUUAAAAGAGAAGUUUGGCUUGCAAUUAUAUGGUUAUUUGCAGUUAUAUCCUUAGUAUAUUGGCUUCUUAGUAAUGUAAAUUUAAAAUUGCAAUUGAAGAAUAAUAAACAAUUACUGAAUGCAAGGUGUCUGCAUUAUGUAAAAACUGAGUUAACACAAGAAGAACAUAAAAGAGCAUAUGGUGAAUACACAAAUGAUUAUUACAGCUAUAAUUUAAGAGACACAUUAUCCGUCAGCAAUAUUUUUUUAAUCAUCAUAGCCGCUAUUUGUCAGCAGAGCAUAAUUUCUCUUUCGCGAUCAUCUGCGUUAAGAAUCUUAUAUUUUGUGAUUUUUAUAAAUACUCUUUUGAUAUAUAAUUACUACACGUCUUCAGUUGUUUCUGGAUUAUUAUCUUCCUCUUUACAAGGACCAACGAAUAUAGAUGAAAUAAUUACCAGUUCACUUAAAGUAUCUUUCGAGGAUAUAGGAUACUAUAAGGUUUUAUUCAGAUACGAAAAUGGUUAAAUAAAAUUUAACAACAUAUAUGUGGAUUGUAACAAGCAUCAAACGAUCGAUUAUAUCAUUUGGAGAUCCUGUUUAGACAGAAA